AUGGCGAUAGACCGUCACCAUCAUAAGUGGAAUAAUCUCUUCAUGAAAUACCUCGUGGUGUUCUUGGUUAACACGGCAAUGACGAAGGCGGCGGUGGCAACUGCGACCGGAGCUGCUACAUGCUACUAUCCUGAUGGAAGCAAAGCGACGGAUUACCAAUAUGUGCCCUACCCGAAUGCAUCAACUGUCUCAUUCCGCUCCUGUUGUAUCCCCUCCGAGAACGACACGUAUCUUGACAAUGGGCUGUGCUAUUUCCCUGUGAAUCCGUCGACGCCGUCGCACGGGAAUUACAUCUACAGAGGAGGCUGCACGGACCAGUCUUGGAGGAGCGACGCAUGCGCAAGCAAGUGUACCUCAAAUACGCCAAACCUGUAUGAAAGCGUGCUGUACUGCUCUAACAACGACAAGUUCUGCUGCCAAAAAGCAGCAAAAUCAGGCUCCUGCUGCGACGACAACGGAUACCUAUUCACGCUAGACCUGCCCGCCUGGAUCAUGACCAGCCUCCGCAACGCGUCCAUCGCGCCCACCGCUGACAACCAGACGGCGGCGGCAACGCACUCAUCCGCGUCCUCCAUGCUCCCCGCCAUCUCGUCCUCCUUUGCACCGCCUUCUUGGACGACAUCGCGCAUCCCCACCACCACCUCCAGCACCGCUGCCACCACCCAAGCUACUACUACUGCCGGUAAUGCUGUUGGCGGCAGCAGCAGCAGCAGCAGCAGCAACGAGGAGCUCAGCGCGGCCGCCAGCCUCGGGCUGGGGCUGGGCAUCGGGGUGCCGUCGCUGCUGCUCAUGGUGGUCGGCAUCUUCUUCCAGAAGAAGGUGAAGGCGGUCAAGAUCAGCGUGCACAACGGCUUCAAGCACAUCAGCGGCGGCGGCGGCAGCAGCGUGGGUUCGCGCACGCCGAGGUCGAGGAUGUCGACGAGGCCGCCGAGCGAGCGCGGCCGUGAGGACGAGGAGGAGGAGUCAUCGGUGGGGGAGGGGAGCAGUGAUGCUGCAGGUGGAGAGUGGAAAGGGAAGGAGAAGAUGAAGGUGGAGGCGGAGGAUGUGGGAGGGGAGGAGUGA